UCAUGAAGAAACAGCGACGCCUAGUGACUGAACAGGCGAAGCGCAUUAAACCGUUCGGCUCACGUACUGAAGAAACCUGAAUAAAAAGCCAGGAGCAAAACACUAACAACGUCUACAAACGAGUCUUAUUAUAGUCUUAUUCUCCAGCUUCUUGUCUGAAUUCUCACGUUCCACCUUAACUGAUGCAGAAGUUACAUUCGGGCGCCAGAAUAUAGGCUGCCCCAUUAAAUGCCGCGCCAUUUAAGGUGGAACGGGAAAAUUCCAAACUGAGCCUGGAGCAUGAGGGGCUGAGUCCAGGCUCGUAAUCUAUAACCCGGUGCUGCGUAAUCAGUUAUGCUGCUGAUUAGGUCAGUAUUUGUCCUUUGACCCAGACGCUGGAGGACAGGAGUAAGUGUGUUUGUGUCCCUCAGGAUGUCCACCACCAAAGUGUUUUUGAGAGCUAUUUCAUACACGUCUUGGAAGCUACACGUUUUCCAGUGCUGGUUGCAGAAUGUACUUUCUCCUUUUGCUUCUCCAUUUAUGACCAACAUGGAGCAGUCUGUAAGUCAUCACACUGCAAAAAAGAAUGUCUUGGUUCCUCUGCAAGACUUCUCCAGUGCGAGGUGUCGAGGGAAUGUUGCGAUGAGUCGGAGGAGGGUGUCGGUGAAGGAUCUUGGCCAGGCAGACUCUCAGGGCUGGCUGUACAAAAAGAGAGAAAGCAGAACGUUCCUGGGGCACAAAUGGAAAAAAUACUGGUUUGUGCUGAAGGGAGGCUCCCUGUACUGGUACACGACCGAAUCAGCUGACAAAGCAGAAGGCUUCAUCAGUCUCAGAGACUUCAUUCUGGAGCAGGCACACGAGUGCCGGAGGAAGUUUGCAAUAAAGGCCAGCCACCCGCAGGUUGUGACACUCUUCUUUGCAGCCGAGAACACGAAAGACAUGCACAAGUGGUUGAAUAAGCUAGUUGCAGCUUCCAAAAAGCAGGAGCUAACAGAAACUGCUAGUGAAGAGUGCUAUAGUGAAGCCAGUGAUGAUGACGAUGAGGAAGAAGAAACAGCAGAAACCUGUGGCCAGCAUACUGAGCAGCUCAUGACCAGCUCUAUCAAUGGUUGUCUCCCUCCUCCACGCUCCUGCUCAUCUCCAUGCGCGGCAAUGCUCCCCCUGGUGUCUCCCGUCUGUGACAGUACAGAGUGCAUGAGUUCAGACACAGAGUCAUGGCUGGAGCUCAGCUCUGACUCCCAGACCCUUCAGGUGUCCAUCAGCGAAGGAAACGCCCCAGGCCGCCUGCAGGAUUACCAUGGCGAUGAACGGCCUCCAUCUGAUGAGCUAGAGAUGUUGUAUCUUGACCUCAAACAUGCCAACCUGACGCCAUGCGGGAAGUUGCAGCCUUUGUCCAAGAGGGAUUACAGGUCCUCCUUUGUCAGACGCUGCAAAAAUGACGCAAUCAAUGAGAAAUUACACCUGGUCCGAACACUCAACAGCACUUUAAAGGCCAAAGAAGCUGACCUGCUGGCCAUAGAGCAGGUUCUUGCUGAUUCAGCGUUGGACAGCAAUAAGUACCGACAGUGGAAGAGUGCUAAUGUGCUUCUGCUGGAGGAGAUCAGCAAGAAGGUUCAACCAGUGGAGGAAACCCCCCAAACCCCCCAGCCCAAAGAGCCUGUUCAGAGUCAACCACAGUGCUCCACUUCAGCUAUUUCCGCAGAGACCAGCGUGUGAGCACACACAUGUUCUGGAUGGUGACCUGGUUUGGAGGAUGGUAGCUAUAUUUUGGACAGCGGCCUUUACCACGUGCCCCACUUUACAUUUGAACUCAGUUGUUUCACCUCCUGCUUACAGAUUAGUUGUGUUCUUUUGAAAGGGCAUUUGAGCAGAUCUGUUCCUGACCGUCAUUGUUAUUUACUGAGUUAUCUCAUCUUGGACUUGUCAAGUGACCUGCUUGGUUUGAGGCAGACAGCAGAUGGUAGUAUUGAGAUUCUCUGGAUGCCUCAUCAGAAAUGGUUCAAACUUAAAAUGUACUUAGAAGUACAAUACAAGUUUUUUUUAAAGGGUAACUCCACUAUUUUUACAAAAAUUCUGCCUAAUUCAAAGGGGUUUGAUGUAAAAUGGUUUUAUUGUAGGGAAACUUGCUGAUUUCUUUACAGUGGUG